UGAAUUGUCAAUAUUCUAAAAGAAGAGACAAAAGAGUGACAAGUCGCUGGAUUUCUCCAAACGAGUUUAUACCAAACUUAUCUGAACUGCCGAUAUAAGGUCAAGCAACGACCCAAUGGGUAACCGGGAUUUUUUUUGUUGAGCAGCAAUUCUUGAAGCACUUUGCAGACUGCCAUUGCAAAUUUUGCUGCAAAAGUACAGGAAACCAGAACAAAACAACCGCAAACAUUUAGAGUACACUGCCCAUUCUAAAGAACGUUUCCUGGAAUGUUUUGUUCCUGAGCCAGUAUUAAGUUUCAGCAAUCAGGUUUGAAUAAUUAAUGUAAAAUCAACAAAUCAGAAGCCUGAUAUGUAACCAAGCAGGUCAUAUUUUGCAAAUGGCCAUUUUGAAUGUAGAAACAUAGCACUCAAACGUAAAUAACCAAAAGAACACACAAAAAUAAUUCAAUAUUGUCACUACAACAAGAACACAUGUUGAUCGAGACAAAUAAGAAAUAGAAGAGUUUAUGUUUUGGUCACAUUUUUGAUAUUAUUUAUAUGAAUGUUAAUUUCUCCCUUUUUGGAGAGUUGUCUUGUAAAUAGACAUAAUUCAUACACAGACUUCUUCUUUUCAAGAGGUCUGAAUGUCAGAUUGUGUACACAGUAAAUUCUUUAAAAAGAAGAGAUUAUUUUUCAGGUUUUAAUCCUACUAGUAUUUUUUACACGGGUGCAUUAAGCAAACCACAACAGUGAAAAAGAGGCCAAUAUAAAAAAUUGCACACUGUGAAGAAUUGCAAGUUGAGGUGUUGAACCCAUGGCUACAGCAAGAACAGCGAAUCCAGCACCAAUGAUUGGAUUGAAUGGGCAGCUCAGAGGACAGACAAAGUCAGCUGCACAGCAGGCAGGACUCCAUUCCACUGUCCAACAGCUCGGUGCCCCCCAGGAAAGAACCAGCAUUCCUCAGAGCAGUGGGGGCAUUCGGUUUGGUGAUGACUGGAAGAAGUUGCUGGCGGUUCCUCCAAAAGACACCAGAGUGAAAACUUCGGAUGUGACGUCCACUAAGGGAAAUGAAUUUGAAGACUACUGUCUAAAGCGAGAACUUCUCAUGGGGAUCUUUGAAAUGGGAUGGGAGAAACCCUCCCCUAUCCAGGAGGAAAGCAUCCCUAUUGCCCUAUCAGGUAGAGAUAUUUUGGCCCGGGCCAAGAAUGGUACAGGAAAAAGUGGAGCCUACCUCAUCCCUCUCCUAGAGAGAAUAGACCUGAAGAAGGAUCACAUCCAGGCCAUAGUCAUGGUACCAACAAGGGAGCUAGCCCUGCAGAUGAGCCAGAUCAGCAUUCAGCUCAGCAAGCACCUGGGAGGGGUCAAAGUCAUGGCGACCACUGGGGGAACCAACUUAAGGGAUGACAUCUUGCGUCUUGAUGAAACAGUGCAUGUAGUGAUCGCCACACCAGGCAGGAUACUAGAUCUGAUGAAAAAGGGUGUGGCAAAGGUGGACAAGACCCAAAUGAUGGUGAUGGAUGAAGCAGAUAAGUUAUUGUCCCAGGACUUUGUGGUCCUGAUUGAAGAUAUUAUCAGCUUCUUGCCAAAGAACCGUCAGAUUCUGCUCUACUCUGCCACUUUCCCCAUCAGUGUGCAAAAAUUCAUGAGCAAGCACCUGCAGAAGCCUUAUGAAAUCAACCUGAUGGAGGAACUAACACUGAAGGGCAUCACUCAGUACUAUGCCUAUGUGACUGAAAGACAGAAGGUCCACUGUCUCAACACACUCUUUUCUAGGCUCCAGAUCAAUCAGUCCAUCAUCUUCUGUAACUCCACUCAGAGAGUUGAGCUUCUGGCAAAGAAAAUCACACAGCUGGGUUAUUCGUGCUUCUACAUUCACGCAAAGAUGAUGCAGGAGUACAGAAACCGCGUGUUCCACGACUUCAGAAACGGAUUGUGCCGAAACCUGGUGUGCACAGACCUUUUCACUCGGGGAAUUGACAUCCAGGCAGUAAAUGUGGUCAUUAAUUUUGACUUCCCCAAAAACGCUGAGACCUACCUGCACCGUAUCGGCAGAUCAGGACGCUUUGGUCACCUGGGUCUGGCCAUCAAUCUGAUCACUUCAGAUGACCGGUACAACCUGAAGACUAUCGAGGAUCAGCUCAUCACUGACAUCAAGCCCAUCCCCAGCUGCAUUGACAAGAGCUUGUAUGUGGCAGAGUUUCACUCUGUUGACCCAGAUGACGAUGGCGAUGAAGGGGGAGCAAAAAACAAGGAGCUGGGAGCAGCCUGAAUGCACGGAGAAACGUGGUGCCUGGCAUUUGACACACAAUAUCGGCUGCACAUCACAAGACUUUAGAUGAAGUUUUUUUUUUUCUUCCGCUUUACCAUCAAAAGGAUCUGCUAUAGUGAUUUUUUUCAUUGCCAGUUUGAGUUUACAACACCUCAAUUUCUGUUAAAGCUAGUGAACUGGUAUCUUCCCUGCUAAAAACUGACGCUUAAAACUGUUCUUCAUUCUGCCAAAGUGCUAGAGAUCAGUGUCCUUCUUUACUGUUGCUUAAGACUCAGAACUCAAUCACUCUUGACCAUCAAUGGAAGUUAAUAACUGUUUGGUCAUUGCUGUAAGUAUAAAAAUGUGGAACCAAAGGUGUAAUCAUCAGAUAGUGCCAGCUAUUAGCUCUAUUGGACAUAUUACAUCCUGCUGAAAUGCCUUUUGAGGACAUGGUUAAAAGUAAAACCACACCGUAAAGAAAGCAACACUCAUUGGCUUUUUUUAAAUGCGGGAUUUGACCAUUGUUUCUGUCAGAGCAGCAUAAAUUGUUGGUGGUGUGGAUUCAACUUGGUUUUAGAAACAUUCUUCAGAGACAGAGUUCUGUUAAUGACAUUAUGCAGCUGCAAAUUUACCAGCUACUCAUUUAUGCUGCAACCCCAUCUCAAGGUUCUUUGGUGGAUUGGUACACUGGACUUCCUGUGAUACUUGUGAUGACAAACUCUCAUUUAUUGUCCUGCUAAAAAACAGCCAUGAGAUGAGGGAGGCUGUGACCACAAACAGAUGUGAUGUAUAGUCAGCAAUAAUGCUCAAGAAACCUCUUGCAUUUCUGCCAUGCUUGCUUAGUAGCCAAAAUUGUGCCAAAAAAAAAGCAGUCUCAUUAACUGUUUGUGCUUGCAUCAGAUUCCGACCCUCUCAUCUGCAUGAUGUAGGAUCAGGUAAUGUUUUUCCAGUCGUACACUAUCCUGUUAUGAUGAGCCUGUGUCCUCUGUAGCCACUUUGUCGCCACAUGUCUGCCAUAACAGUUUUUAAUCUACUGUGCCUUUCCUGUCAGCGUGAACCAAUCUUGCCAUUCUCUCUCACCAGUCAGGCACUUGUAGCCUCACAGCUGCCACUCAGGUAUUAUUAUUUUUUUGCAACAAUAUCAAUCUGAGCGACUUUUGUGAAAAUCACAGGCAGUCAGCACAAACAAACCCUCCACAGUCGGUCUCUUGGAUCCCUUUUUUCUUGUUUGUUUUUGAAGUUUUGUCUGAACAACUGAAUGUGGUGACAAGGUUAAGUUUCAUUUUUAUACAUUCAUUUUCUGCUGAUUGGAUAUUUGCAUUAAUGAGCAGGUGUCCCUGAUAAUUUCCCCCCUCUGAGUGGCGAUAAUUUGUAGCUUUGGUCAUCGUUCUUGUUGAUUAUAAAAACAUUUUGCCCAACACAUUAAUUGUUGAGGCAAAUUAUUCGAGACGUCAUCCUUCAAAAGGAAACCAAAGCUGAAAGAGUUGACAGAGUAGUUUAUAAUAAAGACAGCUUCCGAUACCAAAACUGCCACUUUCCUCUGAGGGAAAAGAGGGAUGCAGUGGUGUUCAGGUACAGGAAACAGGAUGAACUUGCUGUUUUUUAUUGCAGAAGUAAGAUAUUUAAAGACGACAGUGUAAGGUCAUUGACACGGAAGGGAUUUUUGUUAGGACACAGACCCAAUAAUGACAGCAACUGUGAGAUGUGUUUGAUUCUUUUAAAGCCAUAGCACUUCUCAGGUGUUGAGGUUAUCAAUAAUUAGUUAACAUGUUUAAACCAUCCAACUUGAUCAGUCGUCUCUGUUGAGUUUGUGCAGCUUCUUCCCUAUAAAGUGCCUUAGUCUAACAUCAAACCAUUACUUUACCCGCGCCGCCCUUGACCCGACUUUGGGUGCCAUUUUACCUGCGAUGCAAACUUGUUGAUUUGUCAGUUGUAAAAGCACAGUAGCACUCAGAAAGGACUUUCCUAGCAGAUUUUCCCUACUUUGUAAAAAAAAUGCAUUUCUUAUAACAAAUGGGAAAACCAGACAGAACCACACUGUUACCGCCUGAGACUUCUUGGCUUCCGAUCAGUGUCGUUAAAUAUAUAUCUGAAAUUCAAAACAUUAACACUGUGAAAUUUCCAGCACACUUUUUUUUUUUUUGUGGUUGACCAUUUUCAUUCUUGCCCAGCCCCAGUGGGGGAGAGGACCCAGGCCUGUGUCCAGCAAUUGUAAAGGAAUUACCCUUUGUGAUUGGUUUUGGUUCCUCACUUAUUUAGCAGGUCAUUAUUUCAGUGCAGGCCGUGGUAAUAGAAAAAAAAAAAAAGUUUAGAACAUUUUCUUAGUGGGUUUUUUUUCUCAUCUCUGCCUUCAGGGGAAAAAAAAAAACAACUUUCAUGUCUUGUGAAACAGAUGUUUUGUUGAAGACAAGCAAGAAUUUUCUGUUUAUCGUGUGUCAAUGCCAGUGCUUGAAACAAAUUAAAGUCAAACUGACUGAC